AUGGCUACGGCAAUGCCUGGUGACUUUGUUGGCGCUGCUCUGCAGCCUUGGGGUAGCACCAUCGUACCAUCUAUGGAUCGAGCAAUACCCCCACAUCUCCCACCUCCCCCAGUCCCCCCUCCGUCAGCAUUUCCACCUCGUACAUCGAUUCGCGUCGAGAAUAUGAAUAUCAUCAAUGACUAUGCAGUGCUCUCACCACCUGGCAGGACAAGUCGGAGGCCUCCCAUGAGGUCUGACAACAUCAGUGUGGAUCAAUCAGUUUUAUCCAUGCAGAGACCACAAUUAGCUUCUCCCUUGGAGAAUCCUGAGCCGUCCGGUCCACUGCUGCAAUCCCCCAGACAGCAACAGCAACAGCAGCAAAUGGCGGGGGCGGCGGCAACAUCUCGUCUCCUUACCACUGAGGAUCGGUCAAUCGAGGAUGGUGUUUCGAGUGGUAUGUGUGCCGAAUGCCGAGCUAAUGGUGUUCCACCUGGCUUUUGUAUGCAUGACAGCGCUCCAAUACCAGUGGAUCAUCCCAAGACUAGUCAACAGCAACAAAAAGAACUACGAGUUAUCUCAUCCCGUGAUGGAUCUAGCCAUCCUAGAGUCGGGUCUGCACAUACAAGAUAUCGUCCGUUAAGGCUCCGGGCAUUCCUUGGAGCACAACGGGCCGAGUUAGAGAGGUAUCUGGGGAACCCUGAACUUGUUGAGAAAUCGUUCCAAUUCGUCAACUCUAUGAGGAUCAAUGGUCCACCAGAGCUAUAAGCAGAUGGCGGGAUGAACUGAUAUACGAAGCUGUUGAUAACUCAAGAAUCGGCUUGAGUCGGUCGUUGUUCUUGGAAUCGGUGCUUGUGUCCUCUCUUCCUCUCUCCUCAUCUCGGCUCUAUUCUCAUUUUGAUAGUCACCUCUCGUUGCGUCCUUAUACGGACAUUCCUCUGCCACUGGUUCUGCUGAUGCUGCUCAAUCCAAUGCGACAUCCACAGUGUAGUAGUUGAUGAUAAUGAUGUUCCUCUUAUCAUUAUUAUGAUCAUCAUCAUUGUCGCCGCAAUAAACAGAGUAUCAUGCCAUUCGGCCGCUUAUUUUUUGCCCCUCUGACUGCAACAUGUUAUGGACGUGAAUAAAAGAUAGUAGUACUGAUGCCCCUCCAUGUUGGGUGAGUGAUUGUAAGCAUCCCUUUUA